AUGAAGCCCAGCAGCCUCAUCGCCUUUGUGGUGCUCCUGGCCCACGGAACCCUGACAUCGAGGGCUGCGGAAGGUGCUAGCAAAGAAAAAGCUAAACAUGGAGCCUGCCCCUUCAUGCCUCCGGCAAUGUGCCUUUUAUAUGAACCCCCUCAAUGCCACAGUGACUGGCAGUGUCCCAAGAAGCAGAAAUGCUGUCCUGGCCUUUGUGGCAUCAAAUGCUUGGAUCCUGUAGACCCAUCAAAGCCAGUUAAGGUCAAUCCUGGGAAGUGUCCAGUGUCCACUGGCCAGUGUAAGAUACUCAACCCCAGAGACAACUGCUUGAAUGACAGCCACUGCUUGAACGGUUUCAAGUGUUGCAAGGGGAUGUGUGGGAAUUCAUGUGUCAAACCAGUGUGA